GUCCACCCCUCCAUGGAGAGCUGGUCACCCCACACUGGCUGCUCGGGGGCCGGACCAGACGAGCUGUCAGCCUGGAGGAGAAGGUGCCGGCACCUGCCCAGGGAAAGGUGGCUGUGACGGUGGAGGGCAGAGAGCUCGUCCUGGUGCUGGAGAGGAACCAGCUGCUGGCACCUGGCUACACCGAGACGCAUUACACCGCGGAUGGGCAACCUGUGACGGUGACCCCAAACCACACGGAGCACUGCUACUACCAUGGGCACGUCCAGGGCUACGGUGGCUCCUGGGUUGUCCUCAGCACCUGCGUGGGAUUUCGGGGCUUGAUAGUGCUGAACAGCAACACCAGCUACUACCUGAAACCCCUGGGGACCCCGAAGCCGGGCCACCACCUCAUCCACCGAGCAGAGCACGUGCCCAUCCGAGGCGGGACCUGUGGCCACGGCGACGAUUUCGGGACCACCAUCGCUGACCUCACUCGGCUCUUCCGGCCCAUGCACCACCGGGCGAAGAGAGAUGCUUGGAGGACCAUGAAAUACAUGGAGCUCUUCAUCGUUGCCGAUCACACACUGUACAGGAACCAGAACCUCAACCUGGGCCACACCAAGCAGCGCAUUGUGGAAAUUGCAAACUAUGUGGACAAGUUUUACAGGUCACUGAACAUCAAGGUGGCCCUGAUCGGCCUGGAGGUGUGGACAGAGCGGGACCAGUGCGCCGUCACCAGCGACGCCAACGCCACGCUCUGGGCCUUCCUGCAGUGGAAGAAGGCGCUGAGGUCCCGCAAGAAGCAUGACAACGCCCAGCUGCUGACGGGGAAGACUUUCAGAGGGACAACCAUCGGCAUGGCCCCGCUGGAGGGGAUGUGCAGCGCGGAUAACUCUGGAGGUGUCAGCGUGGACCAUUCGGAGCAGCCCAUUGGAGCAGCUGCCACCAUGGCCCACGAAAUUGGCCACAAUUUUGGCAUGAGCCACGACAGCACCGGCUGCUGCGUGGAGGCCACCCCGGAGCAAGGCGGCUGCGUCAUGGCAGCAGCCACUGG